AUGAAUUGUAAUCUCAACAGAACGUGGUACUAUAAAAUUCACAUGUGGGAAUUGGAUAGUAUAACUCCUGACGAUUACUUGGGACAGACUAAUGGCUCAUCAUAUGCUCCUUAUAAGGAGCAAAUUGUCAAAGUGGCCAUAUAUGAAGAGGAGUAUUUUUCAAGGGGUCUUGACUUCAAAUAUGUCAUUAAGCAUAGCUGCAAUGAGCUCGGAUUUACCACAUGGGUCGAGGAGACUAUCAAUGAGACGUGCGGAAAAGGACUAGAAUGCGUUUUUUGGGGAGAUUUCUUCUUCGAUUCGAAAUUGGGCCAAAUAAGCCAACCGAAAGAGCCGGAUUGGCAGCAAUUGAAUCGAACGCUUUUGUAA